GCCGCUCUCGCCCUCCCGUCCCCUCGUCUCUCUGAUCUGGCUCAUCCGGCUCGGACGGGAGUCGUGGGUGGGUGAGCAAGCGAGUUGGUCUAUGGGGUCCAGGCCUGAGCCCCUGAAGACUGACUCCGCCCUGGGCUCCCGCUCGCGCUCCGCCCCUGGCUGGAGCGUUCUCUCUCGGAGGACCCUCCGGUCCAGGACGUGCCCGCAUCCUUGAUGUAGGCCCCCGCCGAACUGUACACCCCUUCGCCCACUGGGGACCCGAGUGGUCUAUAAGGUCCGUUUCGGCCUGCAGCGGCCUGGGACUGUAACUGCUGGACAUCGUUUAUGGGGUCAGCUAGCCUAUGGGGGCCCAUGUCUACAAGAGACUCGCAUGGCCCCUAAGGGUCUGCCCCGUCCAUAACGACCCCCAUUAUAGGGUUUUCCAUGGGUCUGUAGGGCCCACCCCGCCAUCUCCAGAACCCGGCGACAGCGGCUGUCCCAGCGGCUCCUGGACCCCGUUGGUCUACAAGGCCAUGUCCCAUCCAUAGAGGUCGCAUUUGCAGGGCUUCAAACGGGGUGGAAGGCCCUCACCGGGGCUUUACGACCCGUCAGUACGGGAGGAGGCGGCGAUGGCCCUGGGUCGGGCUCUGGCUGUGGCGCUGGCUAUAUCAUUGGCCGUGCUGGGGCCACUAUCUCCUGGAGCCCAGGCAGGGGACUGCAAGGGGCAGCGGCAAGUGCUGCGGGAGGCUCCAGGCUUCGUGACAGAUGGUGCGGGCAACUACAGCGUCAAUGGCAAUUGCGAAUGGCUCAUCGAGGCCCCGAGCUCCCAGCACCGGAUCCUACUGGACUUCCUUUUCCUGGACACAGAAUGCACUUACGACUACCUGUUUGUGUAUGACGGUGACUCCCCCCGCGGGCCCCUGCUGGCCAGUCUGAGUGGGAGCACGCGGCCUCCGCCCAUCGAGGCUUCCUCGGGCAAGAUGCUGCUGCACCUCUUCAGCGAUGCCAACUACAACCUGCUGGGCUUCAACGCCUCCUUCCGCUUCUCCCUGUGCCCCGGCGGCUGCCGCAGCCAUGGACAGUGCCGACCCCCGGGGGUGUGUGUCUGCGAGCCGGGCUGGGGGGGCCCCGACUGCGGCCUGCAGGAGUGCUCAGCCUACUGCGGCAGCCACGGCACCUGCGCCUCGCCCCUGGGACCGUGCCGCUGUGAGCCUGGUUUCCUGGGACGUGCCUGUGACCUACACUUGUGGGAGAACCAGGGGGCUGGCUGGUGGCACAACGUGAGUGCCGGGGACCCCGCCUUCUCUGCCCGUAUCGGGGCAGCUGGGGCCUUCCUGUCCCCACCGGGGCUGCUGGCUGUUUUCGGAGGCCAGGACCUCAACCGCGCGCUGGGGGACCUCGUCCUGUACAACUUCUCUGCCAACAGCUGGGAGCGCUGGGACCUGAGCCCUGCCCCGGCUGCCCGUCACUCCCACGUGGCUGUGGCUUGGGCCGGCUCCCUGGUGCUGAUGGGCGGUGAGCUGGCUGAUGGUACCCUCACCAGCGACAUCUGGGCUUUUAGCCCAAUGGGUGGUGGCCGCUGGGAGCUUCUGGCACCACCUGCCUCCAGUCCCUCGGGGCCCCCCGGCCUGGCAGGUCACGCAGCAGCCCUCGUGGACAACAUGUGGCUCUAUGUGUCUGGUGGCCGCACCCAGCACGACCUCUUCUCCUCCGGCCUCUUCCGUUUCCGCCUCGACGGCACCAGUGGGGGCUACUGGGAGCAGGUGAUGCCAGCAGGUGGGCGGCCCCCUGCCGCCACCGGCCAUUCCAUGGUGUUCCACGCCCCCUCCCGUGCCCUGCUGGUUCACGGUGGACACCGGCCCUCCACUGCCCGAUUCUCUGUGCGGGUGAACUCCACCGAGCUCUUCCACGUGGAUCGGCGUGUGUGGACCACCCUGAAGGGCCGGGAGGGACUUCAGGGCCCACGGGAGCGAGCCUUCCACACGGCCAGCGUCCUGGGCAACUACAUGCUGGUCUAUGGGGGCAACGUGCACACCCACUACCAGGAGGAAAAGUGCUAUGAAGACGGCAUCUUCUUCUACCACCUGGGCUGCCAUCAGUGGGUGUCAGGGGCCGAGCUUGCCCCUCCAGGAACUCCGGAGGGCCGAGCAGCGCCUCCUAGUGGCCGGUACUCACACGUGGCGGCUGUGCUUGGUGGCAGCGUCCUGUUGGUGGCCGGGGGGUACAGUGGCCGGCCCCGUGGGGACUUGAUGGCCUACAAAGUACCCCCCUUUGUGUUCCAGGCGCCUGCUCCAGACUACCACUUGGACUAUUGCUCCAUGUACACGGACCACAGCGUCUGCUCCCGAGACCCCGAAUGCAGCUGGUGUCAGGGGGCCUGCCAAGCCGCCCCGCCUCCUGGGACUCCCUCGGGGGCUUGUCUGGCUGCCAGCUGCCUGGGCCUGAGCCGUCUCCUGGGUGACUGCCAGGCCUGCCUGGCGUUCAGCAGCAGUGCGGCUCCCCCCCGGGGACCCGGUGCCCUGGGCUGGUGUGUGCACAAUGAGAGCUGCCUCCCUCGGCCUGAGCAGGCCCGCUGCCGUGGGGAGCAGAUCUCCGGCACCGUGGGCUGGUGGGGGCCUGCUCCUGUCUUUGUGACCUCCCUGGAGGCCUGUGUCACCCAGAGCUUCCUGCCUGGCCUGCACCUGCUCACCUUCCAGCAACCACCCAACGCCUCCCAGCCUGACAAGGUCUUGAUCGUCCGCAGCACGACCAUCACCCUGACGCCGAGCUCAGAGACCGAUGUGUCCCUGGUCUACCGUGGCUUCAUCCACCCGCUGCUGCCGGGAGGCCCUGGAGGGUCUGGGGCUGAGGAUGUGGCCGUGUGGGCCCGGGCGCAGCGCCUGCAUGUGCUGGCCCGGAUGGCCCGGGGCCCGGAUGCAGAAAACAUGGAGGAGGUGGGGCGCUGGGUGGCACAGCAGGAGAAGGAGACGAGGCGGCUGCAGCGCCCAGGGUCAGCUCGCCUCUUCCCACUGCCCGGCCGGGGCCACAAGUAUGCAGUAGAGAUCCGGGGCCAGCUCAAUGGCUCAGCAGGCCCCGGGCACAGCGAGCUCACCCUGCUGUGGGACCGGACUGGCGUGCCAGGUGGCAGCGAGAUCUCCUUCUUCUUCCUGGAGCCCUACCGCUCGUCGGCCUGCGCCUCCUACUCCUCCUGCCUGGGCUGCCUGGCAGACCAGGGCUGCGGCUGGUGCCUGGCCAGUGCCACCUGCCACCUGCGCCAGAGCGGCGCCCACUGCGGGGACGCUGGGGCCGGUGGGUCCCUGCUCGUGCUGGUGCCUGCCCUCUGUCCGCUCUGCGAGGAGCAUCGCGACUGCCACGCCUGCACCCAGGACCCCUUCUGUGAGUGGCAUCAGAGCACCAGCCGCAAGGGGGACGCAGCGUGCAGCCGGCGCGGCCGGGGUCGGGGCGCCCUGAAGAGUCCGGAAGAGUGCCCCCCACUCUGCAGCCAGCGGCUGACCUGUGACGACUGCCUGGCCAACUCAAGCCAGUGCGCCUGGUGCCAGUCCACCCGCACCUGCUUCCUGUUCGCCGCCUACCUGGCCCGGUACCCGCACGGGGGCUGCCGAGGCUGGGACGACAGCGUGCACUCGGAGCCUCGGUGCCGGAGCUGUGACCGAUUCCCGAGCUGUCACGAGUGUCUGCAGAGCCACGAGUGUGGCUGGUGUGGAAACGAGGACAACCCCACGCUGGGCCGUUGCCUCCAGGGGGACUUCUCAGGGCCUCUGAGUGGGGGGAACUGCUCCCUGUGGGUCGGGGAGGGCCUGGGGCUGUCUGUGGCCCUCCCCGCCCGCUGGGCAUAUGCCCGCUGUCCAGAUGUGGACGAGUGCCGCCUGGGCCUGGCGCGGUGCCACCUGCGGGCAACCUGCCUGAACACACCCCUCAGCUAUGAAUGCCACUGCCAGAGGGGCUACCAGGGCGAUGGCGUCACUUACUGCAACCGCACGUGCCUGGAGGACUGUGGCCACGGUGUGUGCAGUGGCCCCCCAGACUUCACCUGCGUGUGUGACCUGGGCUGGACAUCGGACCUGCCCCCUCCAACUCCUGCCCCCGGCCCCCCUGCGCCCCGCUGUUCACGGGACUGUGGCUGCAACUUCCACAGCCACUGCCACAAGCGGGGGCCCGGCUUCUGCGAUGAGUGCCAGGACUGGACGUGGGGGGAGCACUGUGAGCGGUGCCGGCCUGGCAGCUUCGGGAACGCCACAGGCUCCGGCGGCUGCCGGCCCUGCCAGUGCAAUGGGCAUGGGGACCCUCGCCAAGGCCACUGUGACAACCUCAGCGGGCUCUGCUUCUGCCAGGACCACACUGAGGGUGCCCACUGCCAGCUCUGCUCCCCUGGCUACUACGGGGACCCUCGGGCAGGUGGCUCCUGCUUCCGGGAGUGUGGGGGUCGUGCCCUCCUCACCAACGUGUCCUCAGUGGCACUGGGCUCACGCCGGUCUGGGGGGCUCCUGCCUGCAGGUGGCGGGGCAGCAAGAGCGGGGCCUGGCCUGUCCUACUGUGUAUGGGUUGUCUCGGCCACUGAGGUGCUACAGCCCUGUGCCCCCGGGACCCUCUGUCCCCCGCUUACCCUCACCUUCUCCCCCGACAGCAGCACCCCGUGCACGCUGAGCUACGUCCUGGCUUUUGAUGGAUUCCCACGCUUCCUGGACACUGGUGUUGUCCAGUCGGACCGUAGCCUCAUCGCUGCGUUCUGCGGCCAGCGGCGGGACCGGCCCCUCACUGUGCAGGCCCUGUCUGGGCUGCUGGUACUUCACUGGGAGGCCAAUGGCUCCUCAUCCUGGGGCUUCAACGCCUCCGUGGGCUCUGCCCGCUGUGGGUCAGGGGGCCCUGGGAGCUGCCCUGUCCCCCAGGAGUGUGUGCCCCAGGAUGGGGUCCCAGGUGGUGGACUCUGCCGGUGUCCCCAAGGCUGGGCUGGCCCGCACUGCCGCAUGGCUGUGUGUCCUGAGAACUGUAAUGCCCACAACGGGGCGGGGACGUGUAAUCAGAGCCUGGGCGUGUGCGUCUGUGCUGAGGGCUUCGGGGGUCCUGACUGUGCCACGAAGCUGGAUGGUGGGCAGCUGGUCUGGGAGACCCUCAUGGACAGCCGCCUCUCAGCUGACACUGCCAGCCGCUUCCUGCACCGCCUGGGGCACACGAUGGUGGAGGGACCUGAUGCCACCUUGUGGAUGUUUGGGGGCCUGGGCCUGCCCCAGGGGCUGCUGGGAAACCUGUAUAGGUACUCGGUGAGUGAACGGCGGUGGACACAGAUGUUGGCAGGAGCCGAGGAUGGGGGCCCAGGCCCCUCCCCUCGCUCUUUCCACGCUGCUGCCUACGUGCCUGCUGGCCGUGGGGCCAUGUACCUGCUGGGGGGCCUCACAGCUGGGGGCGUCUCCCGGGACUUCUGGGUCCUCAACCUCACCACCCUGCAGUGGCGGCAGGAGAAGGCCCCUCAGACUGUGGAGCUGCCAGCCGUCGCUGGUCACACGCUUACUGCCCGCCGAGGCCUAUCUCUGCUCCUGGUGGGUGGUUACUCCCCGGAAAAUGGCUUCAACCAGCAGCUGCUUGAGUACCAGCUGGCGACUGGCACCUGGGUGUCCGGGGCUCAGAGCGGGACGCCCCCCACAGGUCUCUACGGUCACUCUGCUGUGUAUCACGAGGCCACCGACUCCCUCUACGUGUUUGGGGGUUUCCGCUUCCACGUGGAGCUGGCAGCCCCAUCCCCUGAGCUCUACUCCCUGCACUGCCCUGACCGCACCUGGAGCCUGCUGGCCCCUUCUCAGGGAGCAAAGCCCCGGCCCCGACUCUUCCACGCCUCGGCCUUGCUAGGGGACACCAUGGUGGUCCUUGGGGGGCGCUCAGACCCCGACGAGUUCAGCAGCGACGUGCUGCUUUACCAGGUCAACUGCAACACCUGGCUCCUGCCUGACCUCAUCGGCCCAGCCUCUGUGGGACCGCCAAUGGAAGAGUCUGUGGCUCACGCUGUGGAUGCGGUAGGGGGUCGCCUGUUUAUCUCAGGAGGCUUUGGGGGAGUGGCCCUGGGCCGCCUGCUGGCCUUGUCCCUGCCCCCUGACCCCUGCCGCCUGCUGCCCUUGCCUGAAGCUUGUAACCAGACUGGGGCCUGUACCUGGUGCCAUGGGGCCUGCCUGUCCGGGGACCAGGCCCACAGGCUGGGCUGUGGCGGCGCCCCCUGCUCCCCUAUGCCCCACUCCCCUGAGGAAUGUCGACGUCUGCGGACCUGCAGCGAGUGCCUGGCCCGCCAUCCCCGGACCCUGCAGCCUGGAGAUGGAGAGGCCGCUGCCCCCCGCUGUAAGUGGUGCACCAACUGCCCCGAGGGUGCCUGCAUCGGGCGCAGUGGGUCCUGCACCUCAGAGAACGACUGCCGCAUCAACCAGCGUGAGGUCUUCUGGGCCGGGAACUGCUCUGAGGCCGUGUGCGGGGCGGCCGACUGCGCGCAGUGCACCAGGGAGGGCAAGUGCAUGUGGACGCGGCAGUUCAAGAGGACAGGGGAGACCCGCCGCAUCCUUUCGGUGCAGCCCACCUACGACUGGACGUGCUUCAGCCACUCGCUGCUGAAUGUAUCCCCGAUGCCGGUGGAGUCAUCACCCCCGCUGCCCUGCCCCACACCCUGUCACCUCCUGCCCAACUGCACCUCCUGCCUGGACUCCAAGGGUGCUGACGGGGGCUGGCAGCACUGCGUCUGGAGCAGCAGCCUCCAGCAGUGUCUGAGCCCGUCCUACCUGCCCCUGCGGUGUAUGGCCGGAGGCUGUGGGCGGCUGCUCCGCGGACCCGAGAGCUGCUCCCUGGGCUGUGCUCAGGCAACCCAGUGCGCCCUCUGCCUGCGGCGCCCCCACUGUGGCUGGUGUACCUGGGGGGCCCAGGAUGGGGGCGGCCGCUGCCUGGAGGGUGGACUCAGUGGCCCCCGUGACGGGCUGACGUGUGGGCGACCUGGGGCCUCUUGGGCCUUUCUUUCCUGCCCCCCGGAGGACGAAUGUGCCAACGGGCACCAUGACUGCAAUGAGACCCAGAACUGCCACGACCGGCCCCACGGUUACGAGUGCAGCUGCAAGGCAGGCUACACCAUGGACAAUGUGACGGGGCUGUGCCGCCCGGUGUGCGCCCAGGGUUGCGUGAAUGGCUCGUGUGUGGAGCCCGACCACUGCCGCUGCCACUUCGGCUUCGUUGGCCGCAACUGCUCCACGGAGUGUCGCUGCAACCGUCACAGCGACUGCGCCGGCGUGGGGGCCCGCGACCACUGCCUGCUCUGCCACAACCACACCAAGGGCAGCCACUGUGAGCAGUGCCUCCCACUGUUCGUGGGUUCAGCCGUGGGGGGAGGGACCUGCCGGCCCUGCCACGCCUUUUGUCGCGGCAACAGCCACGUCUGCGUCUCCAGGAAGGAGCUUGAGAUAGCCAGGAGGGAGCCGGAGAAAUACUCGCUGGAUCCAGAUGAGAUUGAACAGUGGGUGACAGAGGGUCCCAGUGAAGAUGAGGCUGUGUGUGUGCACUGCCAGAAUAACAGCUACGGGGAUAAGUGUGAGAGCUGCCUCCACGGCUACUUUCUCCUCGACGGGAAAUGCACCAAAUGCCAGUGUAAUGGCCACGCGGACACGUGUAAUGAGCAGGAUGGGACAGGCUGCCCAUGUCAGAACAACACAGAGACAGGCACGUGCCAGGGCAGCUCCCCCAGUGACCGCCGAGACUGCUACAAAUACCAGUGUGCCAAGUGCCGAGAGUCAUUCCACGGGAGCCCGCUAGGGGGCCAGCAGUGCUACCGCCUCAUCUCCGUGGAGCAGGAGUACUGCCUGGACCCCACGUCCCAGACCAACUGUUUCCACGAGCCCAAGCGCCGGGCUCUGGGCCCCGGCCGCACUGUUCUUUUUGGAGUGCAGCCCAAGUUCACCAAUGUGGACAUCCGCCUGACGCUGGACGUGACCUUUGGCGCCGUGGACCUCUAUGUCUCCACCUCCUAUGACACCUUCGUGGUCCGCGUGGCUCCUGACACCGGUGUCCACACCGUGCAUAUCCAGCCGCCACCGCCUCCCCCACCCCCCCCACCCCCUGCUGACGGUGGUCCCCGGGGACCUGGGGAUCUGGGGGGACCCGGGGCUGGAGGUGGGCCGGCUACCCCAGCAGAGCCACGAGUGCGGGAGGUCUGGCCACGGGGCCUGAUCACCUACGUGACAGUGACAGAGCCGUCGGCGGUGCUGGUGGUCCGUGGCGUGAGGGACCGGCUGGUCAUCACCUACCCACACGAGCACCACACCCUCAAGUCCAGCCGCUUCUACCUGCUCCUGUUGGGUGUGGGAGACCCAAGUGGGCCCAGUGCCAACGGCUCAGCUGACUCGCAGGGCUUGCUCUUCUUCCGGCAGGACCAGGCCCACAUUGACCUGUUUGUCUUCUUCUCCGUCUUCUUCUCCUGCUUCUUCCUCUUCCUCUCGCUCUGUGUGCUGCUCUGGAAGGCCAAGCAGGCCCUGGACCACCGGCAGGAACAGCGCCGGCACCUGCAGGAGAUGACCAAGAUGGCCAGCCGCCCCUUCGCCAAGGUCACCGUCUGCUUCCCGCCGGACCCUGCCGCCCCAGCCCCUGCCUGGAAGCCUGCCGGGCUCCCGCCACCCGCCUUCCGCCGCUCUGAGCCCUUCUUGGCACCUUUGCUGCUGACGGGGGCCGGCGGGCCCUGGGGACCUGUAGGAGGCGGCUGCUGCCCACCGGCCAUCCCCACCACCACUGCCGGCCUGCGAGCCGGGCCUAUCACCCUUGAGCCCACAGAGGAUGGCAUGGCCGGCGUGGCCACACUGCUGCUCCAACUGCCUGGUGGGCCCCACGCACCCAACGGCGCCUGCCUGGGGUCAGCGCUCGUCACACUGCGGCACCGGCUGCACGAGUACUGCGGUGGCGGCGGGGGCGCUGGGGGCAGUGGGCACGGGGCUGGUGCGGGCCGGAAGGGGCUGCUGAGCCAGGACAACCUCACCAGCAUGUCCCUCUGACCCUUGGCGGGACCUUCAGCCCCAGCAGUCGAGUCCCUUUAGGGUGGCCGCCCUGGACUUGGGGUCCCUCCAACUGGGACACUGUUCUCAGAGACCUCCGGUUCCUUUCCCCUGGGGGGAGGGUCCCCAGACAGAGCCUUCUUUGUUCUGCGUUCAACAAUUACUUACUGAUUACCUACUAUGCGUACCUACUAUGCGCCAGGCACUGUUGAAGACACUGGGCGUGAGUAGGAACCGAGACAGUCAAGGUCCCUGGUCUCGCGGGAGUUUAGGGCCCAGUGCCGGGAGUCAGUCUACGUGCGCAUGCGCGCGCCCACGCGCAAACGAGGAAAAGCAUGUCUGAACCGGGCUAGCGGUGUGAGUUAGCAACGGGGUGAGGGACCUUGGGGUCGUCAGUUGUUCAGUGUGCGGAGCUCGAAGCUCAACUUUAAGAAGGAAACCGACUGUGGGAGGAGCUGUGGGGAGCGGGAUCCAGGCAGAAGGAACUGCGAGGACAGAGGCGGGAAGUGGCUGAUGUUACUGAAAAGGGUCGGAAAGCUGGCCAGUGUGGCCCUGACCAGAUGUGCAGAGGCGGUGGGGUCAGGGUCGAGCAGGGGGCGGAUCACCCGGGGCCCAUCGACCCCGAGUAGGGCUUGGGGUUUUAUUCUCAGGGCGUUGGGAAGCCAUUGGACAGUCUUCUGAGGGAGAAUGACAGGAUCCGAUGUAUUUAAGAGGUCACUCAGCUGUGUGGAGAAUAGACAAGAGAUGCCGAGAGAAGCCGCAGGGGGACAGGACCCGAGAUGGGCCAGGUCAGGGCAGAGGCUGUGAGAGGAGUCUGGGACAGAAGCGGGAGGUGAGUGGAAGGAUGUUAGGACGGCAUACAUGGACAUCGGAGCAGGGGAGGGAAGGAGGCCAGGCUGACGCCAGCUUUGUGGCCCAAAGUGUGGGCCAAGGUGGGACAGACGGGCUGUGGGGGAAGAUUAGUAGGAGUCCAGCUUUAGACCUGAGAUGCCUUUCAGCGACAUCUCCUCAGUCAGGUCCCAUCAGGGACACAGCCGCUGCCCUGAGGAUCUCGGCAGAGGGGGCUGAGUGUGGGGGUUGGCCCAGUAGUGAAGGAGGGGUGCUGCUGAGAGGAGACUGGAAGUGGAGCCGCCCAGCGAGCCACAGCAAGAUGCUGUUUCUGCUACCACGAGGCUGCAGGGACGAGCUCAGGUGGUGUUCCCCGAUACCCGGGCCAGUGUCGCUGCGCUGCCAGGGCGCAUGAGGAGACAAAGCCGCUGCCUGAGGUUGUGGGGGAGGGGAAUAGAACUAUUCCAGGUUGGGAAUAGAAAUGACAGUUUUCAACCUACAGCUCUCUUCCCAGAUGACGUUGCCUUGAAGCAGCAUCUGGCCUUUCCCCAGGGCCUCCCCUCACCCCAGCUGCCACCUUGGACUUCUGAGCCCUUCUGUCCCUAGGACUGCCCCGCCUCCCCCAUUCCUGACCAUCUUGAACUUCGGACUCCUUUCCCAAGACUCCACCCCCCCCAGCUGUGUUUUGAACCUUGGAAAGCGGGGACCCUGUGUCUUCCUGUCUGCUGGGGGCCUUCGUCUAAGAGGCUGAUCCCUGUGUGCCAUCAGAGGCUGUGGGAAAUUGGGGGAGCAGUAAAAGCAACAAAUAAAGAGU